AGCUCCGCUGGGCCCUGACCGGGGCAGGAGCAGGACCCCGGUGCCGCCGUGGCUGGGCUGGAGCAGCCGAGGACACAUGGCGAAUGCCACUUUCCCUGGAGCCACGGCCGACCGAGAAAAGAGGAGGCCGGUCCUGGCUUCAGGCAGCUUGCUGAGCAACGCGGGGCUGACGUGGGUCUCGCCAGCCUCCAUUGGGGUGUCUGGGAAGCCCUACCCCACCGGGAGCGACUCGCCCAGCUCCUCGGCACCCCCCUGGCCGGCCCAGCCAGCAGUGGGAGACGUUCCCCGUGGCUCGGGCAGACCCCCGUUGAAGCCCGUGCGGCGCUUCGUCCCGCGGUCCUGGAAGAACUUUUUCCAGCGAUGGAGGAGGGCGCCCGAGCCGCGUCCCCCGCUGACCCGUGCCCUGGCCGCCCAGCCGCGCUCCCCACCCGUAAGUCCCCUGCUCGUACCCACCUCUGACAGCAGCUCCCAGGAGCCCUCCUGGUCCAGCACGCAGGCAGAGCCGGUGGGGGUGAUGCCUCCCCCCGGCAGCCCCCCGGCCUGGUGCAGUGAGGAGGCCAAGCUGGAGGCCUAUCGCCGCAAGUACGCCUACAUGAAGUCCUGGCCGGGGCUGCUGCGGCUGCUGGCGGGGCUGCAGCUGCUGUGCGGGGGCAUGGUCUUCGCGUGCGUCUGCGCCUACAUCCAGAAGGACUACGCCGGGGCCAGCCUGGUCGACAGCGGGCUCCUCUGGGCGGGCUCCGGGGACGGCUACUACCAGCCGAUGACGCCCUUCGUGCUGACGGCGGCCGGCCUGGCGUGGCUGGCCACGGUCACCCUGCUCAGCCUGGGCCUGACCCGGUACUACCGCUCCAUCCUGCUGGACUCGACCUGGUGGCCCCUGGCCGAGUUCGGCAUCAGCCUGGCCCUGUUCCUGCUCUACCUGGCAGCCGCCAUCGUCUAUGCCAACGACGUGACCCGCGGUGGCCUCUGCUACUCCCUCUUCUCCCGCGGCCCCCUCGUCGCUGCCCUGUGCCGCGUGGCGGGGGGGCAGGUGGCCGCCCUCGCCCUCCUCUUCAUCACGGCCCUGCUAUACCUGGCCAGCGCCCUGGUCUGCCUCAAGAUGUGGAGGCACGAGACGGCGCGUAGGCACCGGGAGCCUGCCGAGGCACCGCACAGCCCAGUCCUGCUGCCAGCAAGGCCCAAGCGCAUCAUCUUCCAGGAUGAGGUGGUGCCCAGGAGCCAGAGGGCAAAGAUCACCAAGUGCAUCAGCUUCUCUGAGAAGGGCGGCGAGCCGGCCACCAUGAGCUGCUCCAUCCCCACGGGGCACACGCCCAAGCCGCACGUCCUCCCAGACUACGUGGUGAAGUACCCGGCGAUCAGCAGCCCGGAGGAGAGGGAGAAGUACAAGGCCGUCUUCUACGACCAGUACGCGGAGUACCGGGAGCUGCACGGCGAGGUGCGCGCCGCGCUGCAGAAGUUCCAGGAGCUGGACGCCAUGAUGGGCCGGCUGCCGCGGCGCGCGCACGGCAGGCAGGAGCAGAGCCGGGUCUCCAAUGUCUGCAAGGAGUACAAGAAGAAGAGAAGUGAUCCUGCCUUCCUGGAGAAGCAGGAGCGCUGCGCCUACCUGAAGAAGAAGCUCACCCACCUCAAGGCGCAGAUCCAGGACUAUGACUGCGUGGUGAAAGAGGGCUCUGCGUACUUCUGAGCACCCGGUGCCGGGGCGGUGGCGCGGAGCAGCCCUGCCCUGGCCCCCGGCC